AUGGCGCAUCAAUUUAAUAAUGAUAGCAAUCCAGGUAAUACUGGCUAUCAAGAUACUUUUCAGGAUCCCCGCCCGCAUCCAGAAAUGAUGGUUCCACAGCCGAGACAUGAAAUGGUUGUUGUACAACCUAUACAAGAAAUCAACUUAGCAGUCCAUCAUCCACCUAAACCGGAAGAUGCUUUUUCUCAAUUCCCAAUAAGAUAUCGACCAUAUCCUUCGUCUACGUCAUGUUCGAAGCAUUUUCGUCAAUUUUGCCAUGAUAUUUGGUGUAAUAAGCGUUGUAUCAUACUUAUGAUUGGUAUAGCCAUUUUCGCAAUCACUCUCAGUGUAGCACUCGCCAUUCUACUCCCUUCAACCAACAAUGCUCGUAGUACUCAACAUCCGACUGCAAUCACCAACACAGUCUCAUCAGAAUUGACAGCAAGUAGUCGGGCAUACAUUCGCUAUCAAGGUGGCGGCUGCAACUUCUACUUUGAUGCGUUCCAAGUGACUGUCCCAACGAUUGGUACUUACAUUUUCAGUAGUAAUAGUAAUAUUGACACAUACGGCUAUAUCUACAGUGGCAGUUUUUUUCCAACUUCGCCGAGUGAAAAUUUGUUGGCUCAAGAUGAUCAAAGUGCUGGCAACAACCAGUUUCAAUUGAUAGUGAACCUUCAAUCCAAUUUUACCUACUAUUUAAUUUUUACGACAUAUAUUUCUAACGUAAUAGGGCCAUAUUCAGUGACAGCUUCUGGUCCACAACGAGCGAACCUUAUCUUAACCAAUAUGACAUCAACAGAAACCGUAGUCAAUUCAUAUGCAUUCAGCACUAUUGUCUUAUCAGCUUUAAACAACAGUAAUAGCACCCUCACUCGUUGCGGUGGUCAUGGGCAAAGCUACUACUAUCAGACAUUUCGAGUGACUGUUUCAUCAGCUGGCAUUUAUAAGUUCAUCAGUAAUAGUAGUAUUGAUAUGUUUGGCUAUAUAUACAAGAAUGGUUUCUCACCUAUUUCUGUGACAACAAAUUUGUUGGCCUACGACAAUGAAAAUGCCGGCAGUAGUCGCAUUCUUUUGGUACUGCCCCUUCAAUCUACUACAACUUAUUAUUUAUUGGUAACAACAUAUAGCGUCAAUGUAACUGGACCGUAUGCACUGAUCGUUUCUGGCCCUCAACGAGCCAGUCUCGUUUUAACUAGCAUAACAUCACCAAUAACCGGAUUCACAAUUUAUUCCUAUUACUCGAGUGCAUUGACUACCAACAGUUCUACUUUUCAACGUGUUGGCUUUUAUUCAAACUACUAUUAUGAAGCAAUCAGAGUGACUGUACCCAAUACCGGCGCUUAUUACUUUCGAAGCAACACUACCGUUGACACGUAUGGUUAUUUAUAUUUGAAUAAUUUUGAUCCUUCGUCGAUAGGAACAAAUCAGAUCAAAAGCGACGAUGACAGCGGUGGAAACAGGCAGUUUCAGCUUUCAUCAUCUCUCAGUUUUGAUCAAAGUUAUGUCUUGGUUUUUACAACUUACAAUCCCAAUGUAAUAACCGAUAUUUCAAUUAUAGCAUGGGGUCCAAACACGAUAAUGUUUGCUCGUAUUUCUUCUAAUAGUUAG